CAUGUCACGGUAUAAAACACGGCACAGAGAGCAGAUCUGACAUACAGCAGCAGAUAUUGGCUUCAGGACAUCUCUGGUUCUGCAAUGAGAAGGCCGUGUGUUUUGGUGUUGUUGGUGAGCGUCCUCGUCUGUCCCGCGGAUCUUUCUCCGGUGAUCGGGCCUGAACCCAUCCGCUGCGCUCCAUGCUCUCAGGAGCAGCUGGACUCCUGCCCCGCCGUGUCCUUGGACUGUCCGGAGGUGCUGCGAGAGCCGGGCUGCGGCUGCUGCAUGUCCUGCGCGCUGAAGAAAGGAGAGUCCUGCGGUGUUUAUACGGCUCACUGCGGCGCUGGCCUGCGCUGCGUCCCGAGACCCGGCGACCCGCGGCCGCUCCACGCUCUGACCCGCGGACACGCCGUCUGCACUGAGGACGACCGCACAGAAGAUUACCCGGACAUCACGUCUGACCAGGGCUCCCUGCAACACCUGCUGGGCCUCAACCGGCCGCUGGACACGCGGGACGCAGCGGAGGCUCAGGAGAGCAUCAAGGCCAAAGUCAACGCCAUCCGCAAGAAACUGAUCCAACAGGGUCCGUGUCACACGGAGCUGCAUGCGUCUCUGGAUCUUAUCACUGAAUCGCAGCAGACGUUAGGAGAGAAGUUCACCAGCUUUUACCUGCCCAACUGUGACAAGCACGGAUUCUACAAGGCCAAACAGUGUGAGACGUCUCUGGAGGGCCAGCCUCCCCGCUGCUGGUGUGUGUCGUCCUGGAACGGGAAGAGAAUCGGCGAGGCUCUGGCGUCUGAUUCUCCGUGUCCUCAGGAGCUCACGCACUGAACCGAAGCUGCAGCUCACUUCACUUAUGUACCAUAUUUAUUCUUAUGUAUAUGGCUCUUAUGUGGUUAAUAUUCAUGAACUAGUUUUUGACAGAAUUCUACCAGAAUGAAUGAAACGCACUAGAAAACAUGGUGUUUUACGCUCCACAAUGACACAACAGUAUGAUAUUUUAUGACAAGUCUGUGAUUCUGUCUCGGUCUUUGUUCGCUGUGGUUUUUCCUGACCACUUUAAUUCAGUAUAACUGUUUUUGCAC